AUGGAUUUAGAGCAAGAGAUACUAUGGGUUCGAAGGCUAUGGGCGGAGCGAUAUCGGCAUCGUCUACAGCCUCCACGAGACCAACUCCAGGGUGUGACUGAAAGCCGGCUCGAGCAACGUGAACGCUCACGCGCGGUGCACCACGUCAAUGGUGAACGCGCACUCGCAGCGCCAUCCUUGGGCAAAAGGCAGUCCAGGGAGCAUGAUGGACGAUUAGAGAACGUACGCAAGUCCACUAGUGCCGUGAGUGGCGCGCUGCGGCACUACCGCGAACAGUCUGCGAAGCGAUAUCAACGGGAACGCACUGAGCGCGCUGCACUGGCCCCAGCAGCGCGGUUUCCUCUUUUGCGCCUUUUUGCGGGUUCCGCAGACGCGCGUGCUACAGCACCCUGGUCAGCGUAUCCAGAGACGAGGCCCAUAGCUAUCACGCAAAGCCUGAACGACGGUUUAUGGAAUCAGCGGUGCCGCAGCCCGCGAACGCAACAGCUGGCGCAGGGCGCCUCGCGCGGUACCACGAAGCAACUCGGAUUGGGUCUUCGUACUGCGCUCAUGAUGCUGCAGUUUCGGUCGAAACGCUUCCACCUGCCAGCUGCACUGUCGACGGACCCUUUCACGCUCCGCGCGACGCGGUAUGUGCAAAGUCUUGGUAACGAGGCUACAUGUCAGGCGCUAGUCACCAGUCGCCCGGCGUGGUCGAUGGAGGAGUCUGCUGAAGUGCUGGCUGCGCACGAGGCCUCUCAAGUGCUUGAAAAUCAUCCGUCGGACCUGUGUCGAAUGCUGCACCAGGAAAAGCAAGCCCGGGGGCACGUUUGGUGCGCAAGGACAUCGUCACUGAGAGAUGCCCGCGGUUACCACAUGCUGACCAUCCCAGCGCCCCGUCAUGUGUCUUAUGAUUUUGCUCCUGCAGGCCAGUACACGAGUCAAGGACUAUUCCAACGGCGCACUGCGUUGGUGAAAAAUGCGUUCGCCGAGUUGUCAGCGGAAGCGUACCUGGUAUGCAAACGCUAUCAAGACUUACCAGACGCGGCUUAUCGCUGCCGAUCGGCCGCUCAGUUCGCUGCCUGGAGACAGCGGCGGCAGGAGCAACGAGACCGCGCCGAAACCGCCAUGCGUCUUGCUCAAGCACAGACACCCGCCAUACACAGCAACGAGAACCAGUAUCUUUGGGAUACACGCCUAACGCUAUUCAUGCAUGGCACGCGAAUAAGUCAAGCCGAUCGCCAUGCUCAAAUUCUGAUCGAUAGAUACGCUAGUUCGUGA